GUUUAGGAUAGAUAUUGUGUGUUUGAAUUAUAUUUUCUAACUGUUCUAUAUAUUUACUAUAAAGAUUGUUCUGUAAAUCUUUAGCUAAAUUCAAAUUGUUAUUAAUAAAAAAAAAAAAAAAAAAAAUUAUUGAAAUUCAAUAAAAAUAAGGAUAUUUGAAUGUUUUCGAGAGUACAGGAAUUAAUCAAAUGAGAUAUUAAUUGACGUAAUAUAUUAAUGAUGUGUUAUUAUGAUAAAAUGGAUGUGAUUAAAAAUCUAAUGGAGAAUUUAAGAUUACAUAUAAAUACAAAAUUUAUCAGAGAUUUUUUUUUUGUUUUCUCCCCUUUAAUGAUACAAUUGUAUAUUAGAGAUAUUUGAUUUGAUAUGUUGGCAAUACUGGAUAUUUGAAUGCGUUCGAACGUAAAAAUAUGGCGGCUGUAAACGUUUAGGACGAUUUCUCUUGUCGCGCUUUAACUAGUAAUUAAUAAGUUUUUCUUAAUUAUGUAGUGUAUCAUACAAGAUGGGAAUCGAAAAAUACGAAUGUGAUAUUGCUCAUGUUUUACAAAAUGGUGACUUUACUGUAUUGGAAAAAUUAUCAUCAUUUUGUUGCGAAUUUGAAAAACACGUCGUUUCAAAGAUAGAGAAUGCAACGGCUGGUAAAAAUGAAUAUUCACAAAUAAAGGAAACAAAUUUGAUCAAAAUGUCAGAGUUACAAAAACAAUUGGAAACAUUAAAGUCCGAAAUAGAUGAUAUAAUGUUGAAUCAAAAAAUUGUAGAUAAAAAGAUCAGUAAUAUGAUCAAACAAGAAGAAAUAUUACAAAAAGACAUAGCAGAAGUCAAGGCGUACAGAGACAGUUUAUCUCUGGAAUUGGUUGACUUAAAACAAGAGGUACAAGAAAGAAAAGAGAAAAAACGCAAGGAUUGGGAUGCUAUUAAGAGAGCUACAAAUAUUUACAAAUGUAAUUUGAAUUUUGGUAUCAAUAUAGAAGAUAAAGAAGAUUAUGACGAAGUGAAGGUAUCAUUUUUUAAAAACAACGAACAUACAAAGGAUAAAUAUUAUGUGCAUUUGAUUAAAGAAGACGAAUUGUGGAAAGUCAAGGAAAUACAGCCUACGCUUAAGAAAGAACAUAUGAUCGAUUUAAAAGGCACUGUCGACUUUACUAGGCAAUCACAAGUCUCCAACAUCACUGCAUUUUUGUGUCUUUUAAGGAUUGUCUUUUUAAAGUAUUAUAUGGACGGAAGCUAGAAAUAUCGAUUGUACAUUAAAUGCUUUUAUUAUAAUACUAGUAUUAUACUAGUAAUGACAAUAAUUAAAGGAUAAGUAUACUUUUAUAGUAUGGAAAUUAGAAGAGUAAAGUCUUUAUUAAUAAAAAUUAAAGUAUCUAAAACGAUUUGUUAUAUAUAUAUAUAUAUAUAUGUAUAUAUGUAUAUAUAUAUAUAGGACUUGUGACACUCCAACUGUAGACUUAUCAGUAUGUUCUUAUUAAAAUUUAAGAUUUAUAAUCGUUAUGGUAAUGUUUCUUCGUUUUUUAAUAUUUACCAUCUCGUACGAGUAUUGGUUACUCCUAGCUUUUCGUCUACUUAAAGAUAUUUAUGUUGGAAAUAAGAAACUGCAAAUCACAGUACAGAUAAAUUACUUAGAGACUAAGUUAUUAACAGGUAUCUGCUUUGUCUUUUGUAUAUUUAUAUAUGGCACCUACAUUAUAGUCAAGUUUUACAUCCGUAUUAUGGGUGCUAUACUAUUUAUUUAUACAAGUGAAUAAAGAUUCGUGCGCAAGUAGAUAAUUAGAAAAAAGAGAGAGAAAAAAAAAAAGAAUAGGUCUCUCGUCUGGAAAUAUUCUUUACGUUGAAAUAAAAUCUAUGGUAAAUUAAAAUCAUGAAUUCUCUUAUAUCCUUACGUAGCACCCAUAAAAUUAGCUAAUUUAAAAUACUUAGGAAUUAAAUUAUCUCGAUUUUGAGUUCUAGCUAAUUUAGCUAGCAGUCGGCGCUAACGGCUGUUUUCUACAUAUAACAAAUGUUUAUACUAAUAGCUGCUUUAUGACUUCUCUGUGUCUUUCUUAAUUACAAUUUCUGUGUUUAAAAAUACUACAGGUAAUAGUAAUAGACGUAGAAUUAAAUUUCAAGCCAUAUGAGGCUGGAGGCAAUUAUAUUAAAUGACUUGUGUUAAUGGAUACGUUUGCAAAUGAUAUCGAUUUGUUAAAAUGACGUAUAAGAAACAUUAGAUUAAAAUUGAGUUUCUUUCAUUGAAUUUGUCAUUAGAUUUAUUUGUUCAGUGCCGGUCCAAGUAUCGAUAACGUGUAAGAAAAAUCUUAUUCUUAUCGCGAUUCAAGAAAUCGCGUUACUCGGAAAGGGCCAAUGUAUCAUGUAUGCAAGGAGACGAACUUAUAACAAUUCAUCCCUAUUGGCACUAGUUAACGAGAGGGUCAAUUGAUCGCCCACUGCCAAUCAGCCUAUAUCUUGAGCAGAGCGUAAGCUAACAGAUUUCAUUUGCUCCAUUGACCCGUGGGCCAAUCGUUUGCUCGGCUAUCGAAGAAAUUAAUUAUGGAUCGAAGUUUGGUCGAUGGGAAUCGAUGAUUUACUACUACGUAGAAUGACAGCCGUAUUUGCACGGUACCAUGACCAUGUGUGAUACGAUUAAAACCUAGCAGGCGACGCGAUUUAAACCAUAAAUCAAACACUGAGAGUUAACAAAAGAUAUUUUAGUAAGAA